ACCGGACUCCUCCCGACUCCUACUUCCCCGCUAUCCCCCCGACCGACCCCACCAGCCGCCAGGUCCUACCCACAGGCAGUUAGAAAUGCACCAAUCACAGCGCUGAUGGGGAUCGUGGUGGAUGGACGACAGCCUGAGAGGCACCCCGAGACGGUGAGAUGUCGUGUGCGGAAACAAGUGGGGAGCACGAACCGGUGGCGUCUGCCGCAGAGUCUGGGGAGUGACUUACUGGGCACGUCGCAAGCCGUGAAAGCCAUCAAGGUGCCCGCCUGGAGCGACAGUGUACGCAGCAUUGUCACUGGAGAGAGUGCGUGCACGUCAGUAAACCGCGACCCCGAGAAAGUGUACAAAUUCCAUACGGUGGAGAGUCGGCCAUUCUCGUCGCCACGGUUACUGAUGAAAGCUGCCAUGAGCCGCAGCUCCUCCCCGUCCAUCCCAUCCCCGCCCAGGACAGCUCCCGCUCAGCUGGGCAGCCCUCGCCUUGCCAUCCACAAACCGCUGACGCCCCACCACCCGACCCCAGCACAAGUCUUCCACUACCACUCCAAACAUAUCUUUGAUGUGGCAGGGCCAGAUGUGGUUCACCACUGCCUGGGAACCAGCUGGGAGCUCCACAAGCCAUUCCUGCAGAAGUCCAAGGUGCUGUCCGAGCUGCUGUACAAGGCUGAAAACCCCAAACAGCAGCACUUCUACAGGGACAGGACAGCAGAGACACUGGACAAGUACAUCAGGGACAGCGACAUCUACAGUAAUGAAUACCAGGAAAUCAGCCAGAGACUGAACACUGUGACGAUAUCUGAUGGACCCAGGAAAGGCCUUAGGGACCCUGCCCACACUUCUGUCCAGCGAACCAGGAAUGUCACCGCCAUAAAACUCAAAAUUAAAGAUGCCAACGUCACAAAGGAAGCACUGGCCAUUGCCCUUGGCAACCUUUACCAUGACGACGCUCGUGUGGAUGAGGAAGAUGUGGCAGGUGUCAUGGCAGCCGCCUCUCACAUGCAGUGUCCUGGGCUGCUGAACGGGUGCUCCCAAAUCAUGAUUGACACCGUGAAAGCCAGCAACGUCUGUACUUACAUGAAGGCAGCCAUACAGUACGAACAGUCGUCAGUGAUCACCACCUGCGAGCGUUGGCUGGAGCUGAACCUGGUCCCACAGCUGUCCCUACAGAUCCACCUGCGAGAGCUGCCCAUGGAGGUCAUGACCAAACUCCUCAAGUCCACACGGCUGUUUACGUAUGACGAGUACUCCCUGUACAAGGCCCUGUGUAACUGGAUCUUCCUGAGGAGACAUCCUGAGCUGCAGCUCAUGCCCUCCCACUCCAGCAUCAUCACAUACUUCAACAGUCUCCCGAAGCACAGCGCGUUUCUGGAGCGUGAGGAAGGGCAGGUGUACAGUGGACUGUUUCUGUCACUGAAGCUCCACGGCAUCACAGACACAUCACAUCUGGAUGACAUCCAACAGAUGAACAUCCUGCCGUACCAGUGGCUUCUCCGGGUCCUCACACAACAUUAUCACUCACUUCAGGCAGGGGGCGAUAUGAGACUGCUGCAGUACAACUUCUACAGUGGUUCUGUCAGGGCUGGCUUCAUCAUGGAGCAGGACCUGCCCUUCUACUGUGAAGUGAUGUCCAUCCACGGUUUCCACUUUGAGCUGAAGGCAGUCAGGCUGGAUGCGGAGGGGACAUACACCUUCUACAUACAGAGACUGAAGCCGAGUGACCCUGUGCUGUCGUUCCGUGCCUGCGAGCGCCACACCUUCUCCCUGCGGCAGGACCGAGACGUACGCUACGACAUCAAGGUGCAGUGCUUCCUGGAUGGGCAGUACCAAUGCUGGUCGACGGGGGUGCAGGCACAUGGCUUCGGGCUGGAUGGGAAAACUUCGCGGAGCAAACCCUUUACUCUGUCCAACCUGAGGUGCCCAGUGUACGCCACCUUCCACAUGGUCUUCCCUCCUACAUAGGACCUGCCAGCAACAUGGACCUGACAUGUCUGUCAUCUGUCUAUCAUCACACCUCUUCUACACAUGUUGCUUUCUUCAAGGAAUCUAUAGAAUGUGUUGCUUGAGAAAAACAUGUUUUGGCCAUAGAUUACUAAAUACUCAUAUGUAUAGGGGACCAUAUAUCAGUUUGUAUUUCAUCUGACUGCACUCUUCAAAAGAAAAUCUGAGAAUUCUAAAUAAAAGAAUUGCUUUCAGAUAGCAUGAGGACUUUUUACAGUUAAAAAAAGCAACAUUUUAAAAUUACUGUAUAUUGUGGAAAUGGGUUUACUGGUCUUGCUUUUUCUUUUACAUGUAUAUAGCUGUGCAGGCAUGUGCAUUGUCUGCAUACUAGUAUUUGUUGCAUGUGAGUAAGAAAAAGAAAAAUGUGCAAUAGUUGUACUUAUACAGUAACUGUAGUAUUUAUACUCUUGUGCCAGGACUAUACAAGCAGGUUACUCUUUGCUUCUGAACAAAAUAUGCCUGAACAGUAGGAGACAAGACACGUAACAUGUAAGAUAUUGGGUAAAAUAGCAAAUUUUGUAGGUAUAGUGCCUCAAAUGCUUUUAUAAAUGUUUGUACAUUUGAUCAAGGACUUGAUUUGAUGUAUAGUUUGGACUGGAGAAACAACUUUCUAAUAUAGAUGCAAAUGUGACAUUUCUCAACACUGAUGAUUGCCAAACAGUGAUAUUUGCAGUCUUUCUACCAAAUAGCACAUAUCCUCCCAUAUACAUCUACAGAGAUACGGAAUAGUAUUUUUUUACCACUGAAUGUCAUUGUGAUAUUGCAAAGUGUGUUGCUAUUGUUCUAUUGUAAAAAUGUUUCACCGCGAUUCUUGUCACAGUAGACUGCCAGUAUGGUAAGAGACAGUGAAACUAUGUACAGAUCUUGUGUGUGUUAACAAUACUUUUUGACUUGUUCCUUUUGCUCAGUGUGACUGCUUGAGUUUUGCUGUAAGCUCUGAUGACAAUAACGUUAUGUCCUUGAGUAAUAUAACGUUAAUAAUGAUAAUGAUAGCAAUAUGCCAUUAAAUCUACAGCAGUCACACCAAUACUUGUACGCAUACAAAAAUAAACAUUCGGCUUUAGAAAUAGAAAAAUAAAAGCAGUCCCACCAAUAUUAAUACAUGUUCGCAUACAAAAAUAAACAUUCACUUUAGAAAUAGACAUAUCACUUUCACUGCUUGUCACGUAACACGCAUCAUAAUGUGCAACGAAC